CGCCAGACGAGUUUACGAACAGAUAUUUUGCCAUACCACCCUCACUCGUCCUUCCCAUUUCCCCCUUCAUCCGUCGAGAAGUUGCUAUUGUCGAUUCAAUAUGUCCGUCUGGGACGCCUUCACUGGCAGGAGAAAACAGCAAGCAGAAUCUCAGCGGACCGAGUCUGCGCCUGCGCCUUCGGCCGGAGGAUACGCACCGGCAUCAUUUGACCCUUCUUACACCACCGAUGUCUCUACGCUCCUAGGAGCAGCAUCUCUACCCGAUGCCUCGAAAUUACAUCCUCUCGCUGGCUUGAAUCAACAGACACUUGAUUAUCUUUCAUUAGACGAAUCUACAUUAUCAGAUCUUCCGGGCGCUCGGUCAUUUCUUCCCUCUCGAGGCUGGUCGGACGAUCUUUGCUAUGGAACAGGAACCGUAUACUUGACGGCUCUGACUACUGGUGGAACGUGGGGUUUAAUAGAAGGUCUCAAUCGGACACCUGCAUCGGCACCUCCGAAGUUGCGCCUCAACAGUGUCCUGAACAGCGUAACGAGGAGAGGACCUUUCCUCGGGAACUCAGCUGGAGUGGUAGCAAUGGUUUAUAACGGCUUCAACUCCACGAUUGGCUACUAUCGUGGCAAGCACGAUGCGGCCAACAGCAUAGUGGCUGGCGCACUCAGUGGAGCCAUUUUCAAGAGCACAAGAGGGCUAAAGCCUAUGCUGAUCUCAAGUGGCAUCGUCGCUUCAAUUGCUGGCGCAUGGGCGCUUACUCGCAAAGUCUUAUUUGAGCCUCCACAGGAAAGCCAGACCGCCAACCUGUAAUCUAAGAGAAACAACACCUAUCAAAGACGAGCACCAAAGAGUGUACUAUAAUACAGUGGGCUCGCGAUUCUUCUGACAUGUCCUCUUCUGUACAAAAAUUUCGAAUUUCACAUCUUACGAGGCAACUCUCCCACUGCGUCGGUGGGCAUCCCUUCCAAUCUUCACUCCAAUGUGAUUAGCAUAGCGGGAUUUGUUUACAUCAAGGGCGUUUGGAUGGGAGUGUAUGAUAGAAUUCGACGCAGACGGCACCGAUACGCGGGGCUAUGAUGUUGGCGGUGGAAGUUGUCAGGUGAAGAUCCAGCAGCCUUGUUGCCGGAUUGAGUCUUCAUAUUUGCUGCUGAGAUAAAUUCAUACAGUGCCAGGGACUUGGCUAUGAUUGACUGCCCCAAACAUGUUGUUUGGGGAUAAUGGAUGAACUAAGAUAUAUAAUCAAGUCAUUCAAUAAUCAUCAUCAUGUCAUACCUUA